CAGGCUAGGCCGGACUCGCUCGAGACAGGCACGGGCUCUUGUCGCUGGCUGGACUUGUUCGCCGAAAACACGUCGCACCUGUCGCUAUAAACCAAGUGUUCAAAAUGACGAAUCAGAGUCUGCUGAAGAUUGCGCAUGAGGAGCGGGAGGGCAAGUUCGGAUAUGUCUAUGCGGUGUCCGGACCUGUUGUCACCGCGGAGAAAAUGGCUGGAUCGGCUAUGUACGAGCUGGUGCGAGUCGGUUAUUACGAACUGGUAGGAGAAAUCAUCAGACUGGAAGGUGACAUGGCUACGAUACAGGUUUACGAAGAGACGAGCGGCGUGACGGUUGGUGACCCCGUGCUCCGCACCGGAAAGCCGCUGUCCGUCGAACUGGGCCCCGGCAUCCUCGGCAGCAUCUUCGACGGUAUUCAGCGCCCGCUGAAGGACAUCAACGAGCUCACGAGCUCGAUCUACAUCCCGAAGGGCAUCAACGUGCCGGCGCUCUCGCGUACCGCUAGCUGGGAAUUUAAUCCGCACAACGUGAAAAAUGGCAGCCAUAUCACGGGCGGCGACUUGUACGGCGUUGUCCACGAGAAUACCUUGGUGAAGCACUGGAUGAUCAUGCCGCCCAAGUGCAAGGGCACGGUCACGUACAUCGCGCCGGUCGGCAACUACACCGUCGACGAUAUCGUAUUGGAGACGGAAUUCGACGGCGAGAGGAAGAAAUACACUAUGCUUCAGGUGUGGCCAGUUCGUCAGCCUCGUCCAGUCACUGAAAAAUUGCCGGCCAAUCAUCCUUUGCUCACUGGUCAACGAGUCUUGGACUCUCUCUUCCCAUGCGUCCAAGGUGGAACCACGGCUAUUCCCGGUGCUUUCGGCUGCGGUAAGACUGUCAUCUCGCAGGCCUUGUCCAAGUACUCCAACUCCGAUGUGAUCAUUUAUGUCGGUUGCGGAGAACGUGGUAACGAGAUGUCCGAGGUACUGCGCGACUUUCCUGAGUUGACCGUGGAGAUCGACGGCGUCACCGAGUCCAUCAUGAAACGUACCGCUCUGGUCGCCAAUACGUCCAACAUGCCGGUAGCCGCGCGUGAAGCGUCUAUUUACACUGGUAUUACUCUAUCUGAAUAUUUCCGUGAUAUGGGUUACAACGUAUCGAUGAUGGCGGACUCAACGUCUCGUUGGGCCGAGGCUCUCCGAGAAAUUUCGGGUCGUUUAGCUGAGAUGCCUGCUGAUUCUGGCUAUCCAGCAUAUCUUGGUGCUCGUUUAGCCAGCUUCUACGAACGAGCCGGAAGAGUCAAGUGUUUGGGAAAUCCGGAUCGCGAAGGAUCAGUUAGUAUCGUUGGUGCCGUAUCACCGCCAGGUGGUGACUUCUCUGAUCCUGUGACCAGCGCGACGCUCGGCAUUGUACAGGUAUUCUGGGGUUUGGAUAAGAAACUUGCGCAACGCAAACACUUCCCAUCUAUCAACUGGCUCAUAUCGUACAGUAAGUAUUUGCGAGCAUUGGACGACUUCUAUGACAAGAAUUUCCCGGAGUUCGUCCCGCUGAGAACGAAAGUGAAGGAGAUCUUGCAGGAGGAGGAGGAUCUGUCGGAAAUCGUGCAGCUCGUAGGCAAGGCUUCGCUCGCCGAAACGGAUAAAAUAACACUCGAAGUGGCAAAGUUGCUGAAAGACGACUUCCUGCAACAAAACAGCUACUCGCCGUACGAUCGUUUUUGCCCGUUUUACAAGACCGUGGGAAUGUUGCGAAAUAUGAUCGCAUUCUACGACAUGGCGAGACACGCGGUGGAAUCAACAGCUCAGUCGGACAACAAAAUCACAUGGAAUGUCAUCAGAGACAGUAUGGGCAAUAUCCUCUAUCAAUUGAGCUCUAUGAAGUUCAAGGACCCUGUCAAGGACGGCGAGGCGAAAAUCAGGGCAGAUUUCGAUCAGCUGCACGAGGAUAUUCAACAGGCAUACAGGAAUUUAGAGGACUAAGUUCCUAACUUGUCACUUGUUAAAAGCAAUUUUAAGAUAUUGAUCGUUCUGUAACUUGGCUCUAACAUUUAAGGAUGUCCCGGUCCAACUAGUGAAUUGCAGAUAGCUCGCUAAAAAUAUAACUACAAGCAGCAUUAUCGAUUACGUCAUAUAUUAUUUGCCGAAUAUACGUCACCUUUGAAAGCGUUUGAAUGAAUUGUAAAUAAAGAAGCCACGUUGAAAUCUAUUAUCAUGCAGUGAAAUAUUGGAGAGAAUGUCACGUUACGCUCGUGACGAUUGUGACAAUAAAGCGGGGACAUUCUUAAAUGCGUUCGAAGCGUAACAUUUCGCGAUGCGCUCCGCUUCCCCGAGAGUUAACCCGCUUGACUCGAGAGCAGAGUUACCUGUAAUUAAUCAGAUAUUAUCGAAGAAAGUAAUUUUAUCCCCUCGCGCAGAGAUAUACUUUCGUUUUCUUUCCGCUUUGUUAAAGGUGCAAAUAUGCCAGGAAGUAAUUCUAUAUGUUUUCCGUAAAUGUGUAAUAUAAACGAAAGUAUAAAACGGCUGCCCGUUUCAUACGACGCGCGCAGAUUAGGAUUAUGGUGUGAAAAGAUACUCUUAAUUACCAGGAAUGUGGCACGUGAACAACACGACAGUUCUUACCUUACAAAGAGAUUGUGAAUCAUGGAGUAUUAAAUAUUGUAACAUAUAAUGUACUAGUUAAGUGCGAUGAACGAUAAUCGCAACUGUUAUGUAUAAUUAAACGUAUUAUACCUUAACGUUAUAAAUAUGAUUUAAAAGUUUAGAAAAGGACACACACACGAAUGUACACGAUUACAUUGGACAAAUGAUCAAGGUGCAGGGUCUUCAGUAACAUGAAGAUAAAUAUGAAAGGGAUAAAAACGUGUACACACGAUGUUCCAUUGACUUCGAUAUCAUUUCCAUUGUAUGAUAUGUAAAAAAAAAAGGAUACAAUAAAAUUAUGCACAAGAG